UGCCCUCCUGUCAGUGUGGCAGCGUUUGUGUCUUUAGAGGGAUGAGUGCAGGAAAGAUCUCAGUGCUGCUGCUGCUGGCGGUGAUCGGCUCACAUGCAGCUCCAAACCCCUCCAAGUGUGAGGGUUUGACCAAAAGGCUGCAGACGAAAGACCUGAACAAGAUUUUCAGGAACUGGGUUCUGGUCUGGUCCGUGGCCGACCAUGAAGAAGGUGACAGUUUGGUGUCAAAUAUCUCCAGCUCCCACGUGGAGUUCCAACUCCUUCCGGAAAACAAAACCAUCUCGUACAUCGAGAGGAACGUCUACAAUCAGAACCUUUCUUCCUGCACUACUUACUUCAUGAAUGUGACCGCACCGUCCAACAAUGAGACCGAGAUCCAAACGCUGCGUGUCGACAACAUCCGAUUGGAAGUGGACGGACAGCCUGUGGAGUACAACGACACCGGAGCCGUGGACUUCUAUGAAACCUGCCCCGACUGUUUGAUGUUGGUCUACAAGACCUCAAGUGGUCGAUACCUCCUCGACUACAAGGAGGAAGGGUCACAUCGGGACGUUGAGAAGCACAAAGCGGGCCAUGAUGACCACAAGAAACUGGCCGACUGUCUGGGGUUCCCUGACAAGAAGGCGUACGUCUACGACGGAGUCGCUGACUUCUGUCACAGGAAAUCAGCUCCAGAAGGAAACCCUGAACAGUCUUAGGAGGAACGAAGGAGAUUUCAGCUUGUAUCUGGAAGAAUCGUUUCUAAAGCAAAUCAAGAGUAAAAAACAUGUAAUGAGUGUUUUUCUACCUCAAAAUAAAAAAGAUCUGCUUGUUGUAAAA